UACUUUAAGAAGGUUUUGAGGGCAAGCAGCCUUUAUGAAUUUGUCAAAAUGCGCCUCUCUCUCUCUGUCUCUCUCUGGCUGUGUUAUGGCCCUCACGUUGUCCCUCCCGCUCCCUCUGUAUUAAUUAAUCCAUGUUCUUCCCUGUUUCCCAUUUUCUUCCAAUAUACCGCAUAGCUACGAAAAAUCCAACAUAGGCAAUCUAUCCUUAAUUCAAAGUUUCUGUCUCUUCUCUUGCUCAACCGCACCGCUUUUUUGAAUUGUUUUCAAAAUCGAACCAUUUCAAUACUUUCUGAAUUGUUUCCAAAGUCUUCUACUUUUUCUUUCUUUUCCACUUCCAUUCUGUUUUGUGACAGUUGGUUGGGCUGGUUGGCUUUUUUGGUUUUCAUGAGCUUUCGUCCACUUUGUUGAUGUGCUGGAGCUUUCUAUGUCUUUAACCGCUGGAGCUUGUUCUAGUUUUUCCAAAGUCAUGGAUUUGGAAGAGAACAAAGAGACUGGUAAGACAAACGGAAACUCUGCGAGCGAAGUAGAUGGGGAAGAAAAGAAAGAGGAGGAAAACGGGAAGCUUGGAAGAUGCUUGAGUGAGUUUUCCCUUGACGAUGAGGAGGAAGAAGAAGAAGACGGAGAUGCAGACAAGGUACUUGAUUUGGGGCCGCAGGUUACCCUCAAGGAUCAGAUGGAGAAAGAUAAGGAUGAUGAUAGCCUGAGGAGAUGGAAAGAGCAGCUUUUGGGGAGUGUGGAUUUGAAUUCAGUUGGAGAUAAAUUGGACCCUGAUGUCAAUAUCUCGUGCCUUUCAAUUAUUUCCCCUGGAAGGGCAGACGUAGUCCUGCCAUUGCCCGUGGUCCCAAACUCAAAGGGUGUAUGGUUUACUUUGAAAGAGGGGAGCUCUUACAGACUAAAGUUCACCUUUUCUGUCAGUAAUAAUAUUGUCUCUGGUCUGAAGUAUAUCAACACGGUUUGGAAGACUGGUGUUAGGGUGGACAGAACAAAAGAGAUGCUUGGUACUUUUAGCCCUCAGCUUGAGCCUUACAUAUAUGAGACACCAGAAGAGAUCACACCUGCAGGAAUAUUUGCUAGGGGAUCAUACUCUGCAAGAACAAAGUUCAUUGACGAUGAUGACAAAUGCUACUUAGAGAUAAACUACACGUUCGACAUCCGUAGAGAUUGGCCAUUAGUAGAUCCUCAGCAGGAUUAUUCAGCCUCAUGAGGCUAUAGCAUUUUAUAUCAGAAAA